AUGAGAAUGUCCUCACUGUUCACGACUCCGUCGUCGUCCGCCGUGCGACGUCGCUUGAUCGAAGUCCACCAGGUGUAUGUACACCCUGCGGCAAGGUCACCUUUACGGAUAUCAGCAGUGCAGAAACCAGGCGUUGUUUGUAUACGAACUCCUCUUUGUUUUAACUCUUCUACCAUCGCCCUAGCCUAUCCGGGCAUCUGUCGUCAAUCCUCUCUGGACGCUUCUUUUGUCAAUCAAUCGGCGUUCGCGCAGCAGAACUUGCUGCAGCAUGAUCCUGUACCCUUCAGGCGUGGGCGUCUCUCCUGUACCCCCGUGUUGCCGUCGGUAUCCUCUUUCGUCUCUCCGAGAGGUGUUACUCCCGUCCUGCGUUGCGCGUUCGCUACCUCUCUUUCGUCAUUUCUUCUCCCGGUUUCGCCGACCGCAGAUCGGUCUGGCCUGUCUUCAUUGGGCCUUUGUUCCGCCAGUUUCUCUCCGGGCUGUCCCCUCUGUUUGCGUCUGUCGCUUCUGGGUUCGCUUUCUGCAAUGGCGUGGCGCAACACGAAGGCCGGAAAGUCCCGCAGCGGGCCGUUUUCGCGGCCAGUCGCCACAGUCGCCGCGUCUGCAGCGAACCGGCAGAACGCCAAGCGGGCGGGGAAUGCGGUGAACAUGCCUCUCCCCCCAACGAUGGGCUUUCCAUUGCAGAAAAAAUUUGGUCAGCAUCUUUUGAAGAAUCAAGCCGUUCUGGACAAAAUCGUUCAAGCGGCAGACAUCCGGUCCUCUGACACGGUCCUCGAAAUUGGGCCCGGUACGGGAAAUCUGACAAUGCGUCUGCUUCCCGUGGCUCGCGAAGUGGUUGCGCUUGACGUGGAUUCUCGUAUGGUUAACGAAGUGAAAAAAAGAGCGAUCAGCAACGGCUUCAUGAACCUCGUUGUGAGGCACGGCGACGCGCUUCGCUCGGACCUCGGCGCCUUCGACGUGUGCGCGGCAAACUUGCCGUAUCAGAUCUCGUCGCACUUUCUUCUCCGUCUUCUCGCACAUCGCCCUCCCUUCAGAUGCGCUGUGCUCAUGUUUCAGAAAGAGUUUGGCGAGCGUCUCAUGGCCCAGCCGGGAGACAAGAACUACUGCCGCCUGGCUGCGAACGUCAGUCUCUUCUGUACAGUGCAGAGAGUGUGCAAAGUGGAGGCGAAGCAUUUCACGCCUCCUCCCAAGGUUGACUCGGUCGUUGUUAAAGUCAUUCCCCGCCCUAAACUUCUCGAGGUGGACUUCAAGGAGUGGGAUGGUCUGAUGCGAAUUUGUUUCGGUCGCAAAAAUCGAACCCUUCACGCUCUGUUUCGGCGCUCCUCCGUUCUGGCGAUGCUGGAAACGAACUACAAGACGUGGUGCACUCUCAACAAGCGUGCGCCGACGUCGGAGCCGUUUCGGGACUUCUGCCUCGGCGUCCUCGCCGAGACAGGCUUGGGAGAGCGAAGAAGCAUUACGAUCGACAUAGACACCUACUUCUCUCUUCUCCUUGCUUUCAACAAGAAGGGCAUCCACUUCGUCAACGUCGCCAACCUUCCGGCGGGCGGCCCAGGAGGCGCCAAAUCGGGCGACAUGGCGGUAGACUCUAUGGCUGGCAUCGACGAGUUCUUCUUCUACGACGACGCAGAUGACAAAGAUAUAGGAGACGACGACGAGAACAUGUGA